CCGUGUCGUCAUCGCUGACGUCGCCCUGCUGCCUCCGACUGUCCGCUUCCCUCGACUUCACUUCGUCCAGCAGCAUCUCGAGAUGUGCUCCGGUGACCGCUGCGCAAUGUGACCCGCGGAGGGACGACAUCGCCUUGAAGAGUGACCCCCACCCCUACACCCUGAACCCUCCACCCCCCCACCCUCACCUCCGUCCCGGGGGGAAAUGCAGGACCUCACCGCCGCGGCUGCAGCCGGCAGCCCCGCCGGGGGAAGCAGCGCCCACCAGAAUUCACUACACUUGAACGGGCAUGGAGUGAUUAAAAAUGGUCACAACCCGGCGUCAUCUCCAGAGCCACCGUUUGAAUCCCGAGCCCCGAGUCCCACGCCCGACCCGACGCCGGAGGUCGAGAGGGGGCAGUGGGGCGGCAAGCACGAGUUCCUGCUCUCCUGUAUCGGAUACUGCGUCGGCCUGGGGAACGUGUGGAGGUUCCCGUACCUCUGCUAUCGCAAUGGCGGAGGUGUGUUUCUCAUCCCCUACUUCAUCAUGCUCUUCAUCACGGGGGUUCCCCUCUUCCUCAUGGAGCUGAGUCUCGGCCAGUACGGUGCAGCGGGUCCCAUCACCGUGUGGAAAUGCUGCCCUCUGCUCAAAGGCAUUGGGAUUGGGAUGCUGUGUGUGUCCACGCUGGUGUGCCUCUACUAUAACGUCAUCAUCGCCUGGACGUUUUACUACCUGGGCAGCUCGUUCCAGAGCCCUCUGCCCUGGUCAUGUGACGCCAUAGCCAACGCAGCCAUCUGUGGCAACGGCACCUUUGGAAACGGCUCCAAAGCCCACAGCCCCUCAGAGAUCUUCUGGAAUGAGAACGUGCUGGGUGUCGUGAACAGUGACGGCCUGCAUGAUCCGGGCCCUGUGCGCUGGCCCCUGGCGCUGUGCCUGCUGGCCGCCUGGAUCAUCAUCUUCUUCUGCAUGCUGAAGGGCAUCCACAGCUCUGGCAAGGUGGUGUACGUCACGGCCACCUUCCCGUACUUUGUGCUCAUCGUGCUGAUCAUCAGAGGGGCCACGCUGGAGGGCUCUAUCCAGGGCGUCGCUUUCUACCUCACACCCGACUGGAGCCGCCUGGCCAACGCACAGGUCUGGAAUGACGCGGCCUCGCAGAUCUUCUACUCGCUGGGUAUCGGAGUCGGAGGGCUGCUCUCCAUGGCCUCUUACAACAAGUUUGACAACAAUGUCAUCAGGGACACUAUAAUCAUAACCACAGGAAACUGCACCACCAGUUUCUUUGCAGGAUUUGCCAUAUUCUCGAUCUUGGGUCACAUGGCCUGGAGGAAAGGCGUCCCCGUGGCGGAGGUGGCCGAUACAGGUCCCGGCUUGGCUUUUGUUGCUUACCCAGAAGCCCUUGCGCUGCUGCCAGGAUCAGUGUUUUGGUCCAUUCUGUUCUUCCUCAUGCUCUUCAUGCUGGGGAUCGACACACUGUUCGGCAACAUGGAGGGCAUCACCACGGCGGUGCUGGAUGAGUUUCCACACCUCAGGACCAACACGCUGCACAAGUCCUUGUUCCUGGGCGCCCUGUGCUUCGGUUUCUACGUGAUGGGCCUGCUGCUGGUGACGAACGGAGGAAUUUACUGGUUUACCCUCAUUGACUCCUUCAGCACUAGUUUCGGCCUCAUCAUCAUCACCUUGUUCAUGUGCAUUGGCAUCUCCUUCUUCUAUGGAGUAAACCAGUUUUGCCAAGAUAUCAUUGACAUGAUCUGCCACUGCCCCCCCUGGUGCAGCAAGGUGCUGAUUUACUUCAAAGCCUGCUGGGUUUUCUGCACCCCGUUUCUGCUGCUGUUCAUCCUGACCUACAUCUUCAUUGAGAUGUACAACACGCCGCUGCGCUACGGCUCCUACGUGUACCCGCGGUGGGGGAAGGCCCUGGGCGUGUGCAUGGGCGCGACCUGCUGCCUGCAGAUCCCCGUCUGGGCCAUCGUCGCCAUCAGCAGAGAAACCGGAACCCUGAAAGACCGUUUCCGGAAAGCCAUCCGACCCCUGAAUUCCUGGAGGGUGAAUAACCUGAACAGCACCGGCCGAGCGGAGGAGCGCAUGGAGCCCGAGAGAGUGGAGGCUCCGUUCACCGUCACGCUUACCGACGCAGACUUCACGGCCAUGACGUGGGAGAUGGGCAGCGAGGCCUAAGGACGCAGCGAUGGACUCACCGUGAUGAACAAACUGAGUUUAUUAUUCGUUACUCGUCCCAGCGAGGCUCUGCAUCGUGUCAGACGGAGUCCUGCAGGGCAGCGGAGGAGGACGGCUUUAUUUAUACUCUUGUGUUUAUAAGGGGGGGGGGGGUUAUGUUGUCUAGAUUGCAAUGUUGCAAAGGUGAUGGACAUCUCAAAGGUACCAUCCCGAUGAUCAUGUUUUAGAAGCACAGAAGGACAGAACGGCAUCUGAAAAUGUCCUGAACGAUGAGAUUUUAAAUCACAAAAUCAAGAAGGAAGGAUUCAAUCCUCAACACUGUUCCCCGACACGUCACGAUGAACCUGGAAACGUGACCCCAAGCACCCGUCUGCUGGACUACAUGGUUCUGAUGACAAGGUGGCAAACACCUUCAGGUUGUUUUCCUUUUUAAAAGAACUGCUUAAAUUAUUGCAAGAAUAAAUAAAUGCCAAAGCGACCGACCGAGUGAACUGUUUUCAAGGGGCUGUCCGCACUUUUGAGGACAGAUAUUCACUUCUUUUCAUUUCUACAUGUGUGAAAUGAGGUUAAUGCAAACUUAGAUAAAUAACAAGACGUGUCAUAUGUUAUAUCUGCCCAUUAGUGGUUUAAGAAAACUCAGCCAAAAUGCAAAAACAGCAAGUUAAAAGCUUCUGCUUCAGUAGAAAUAAGGGCAAGCAACAGCCAGGCACUGAUUAUUAAAUUAACUUGAUUAACUGAUUGUUAGCAAAUUCUAUAAAACCAUUUCCCCGCUUGGCCGGUCCGGAGCACUCAGCUAUGUGUUAACACCACCGAGUAAAGACAUAAGCAGAGAUCACAGAGGAGCUGUUGUUGCUGCCCAUCGGUCUGGAAGUUCAUCUCUGCAGAAUUUGGAGUCUGUCGUUCUACAGUUCGAUUUUUUCACGAGUGCAGAAAUAUUCAAGCCAGUUGUCCCGGGAGUGAGUGUCACAAUGUGCAACGAUUGGGGGGGGGGGGGACACCCAAAUGAAAACGGGUGAGCUCAUGAAAACUCAUGAGGUGCAUCUCAGACUUGUCAGGUCUCAGCAUGGUGGAUGUUAAAGUUUACAUAAGUGGGACUUGUUAGUAGAGAUUGCCGUGGGAAAGACUUUCCUCCCUAAAAAGAACUUGGAGGUUCCUGAAAUAAUGUCCACUGGACGAAAGAGUACAAGGAGGAAGAGCGUUUCCAGGAGGCUCAGCGUUUAUCAGAAACCAAACACAUCAGCAGAAACAUUGUGUAACAGAAAUAUGCUCUGGGCUUGUUCUGCAGAGUUCUGUGUUUUAAAGUUGAAUGUGAGGACGUCUGUAACAGCUAAAGCUUGACUAAAGCUGUGUGAUGCAACAGGACAAGGACCCCUACAAAAUAAAAGCUGAAAACAAAGAACCAAGGUCUUUUAAAAGUGGUUAUGGUUCAUCCUGUCCUGUGGCAGCACCUUAAAAGCUGUGCUUGAACAAAUGUCUGCAAAAUGAACUGACGCAACACUGUAAAAGAAGACUGAGACAUUUCAACCUCAGUGAUGUGAGACACGGAUAAGCGAUUACUUCAAACUGUUUCUACACAUGAUGGUUCUACAAGAUGUUGCAUCAUCAAGUGUUUUUCACACAAAUUAUUUAUUUAAAUAAUGAUACUCUGUACUUUGUUAUUUGCUUUUAAUUUAAGGUUGCAUGUGCCUAAUUUUAAGACCCGUUGAAGAUCAGAUUUUUAAUGAUGAUCAAUAAUGAUAAUA